UUUAAUACCUUUAAAAAGCAAGUUCAGCAUGAUAACUUAAGAGCGUACCUAAACACCUGAAUGUUGCAAUACAUUGUAAUCGUCCAACACUCAAACUCAAAAACUUUUAUUCAAAUUAGGCUGAUAAAUCAGCACUUUUCGAACGUCAAAAACAAAAGACGCUUUUUGUUGCGAAGAAGUGGCGCAACAAACUCCCCAGCAACACAUGUCUGUCUGUUAUGAGUACUGGGUUUAUGAGCGUGGAAAGCCAUAAAAAAAUACUUGUUACCUACGUAGUAUAUAGAGUUUCUUAACGCUCUGUUCGAUGGAUAGAUAAAAACCCCGUAGGUAGUAGGUAUAAUUACUUAUUUUAAUUAACUUAAUAUGGAAUUAAGGGUGUAUUCAAUGAGUAACUGAAAUUAUUUAUACCUGACAUAUAAGGUAAUAAGACCAUAUUUUGGUGCCAAAAUUAUGACAAAAAAUAUUUUUUUUGUAAGAUAUAAAUACUUUAAUUCAUAGUGGUCUACUCUAGCCAGAGUACCAGGGAUGAUACGCAUGCAACAAAGUGUGUGCUAAGUAUGAAUGUAGAUGGAUGGAGAGGAAGAGGAAGACCUAAGAAAAGAUGGAUGGAUUGCCUGAAAGAAGACAUGAAUAGGAAGGGAGUGAGUGUCAGUAUGACGAGUGAUAGGGGAAAAUGGAAGAAAAUGACAUAUUGCGCCGAUCCCAAGUAAAAUUGGGAACAGGGCAGGAGAAAGAAAGAACGAAGUUUCAGGUAUAUUUUGGACAUAAAUGAUUAACGGUGAACUGAAAAAAAUAUAUCAUAUUCAUAUUUAUUUGCAUACCAUAUCCUUAAAACCUGGACUUAAAAAAUAAGAAAUUGUCUCACCCCUCGCUGGCUGGACGUCCGAUAUACAAAAGUGACUUCUUAAACAGUGUUUCUGAUUUGGUUAAAAAUAUAAUUGCGUCAGAUAUUCCUAUUUACAAUCGUAAGCCAUUAUUGUGGAAAGUCCUUACCGACAUAAAUAAAAUAUGCUCAAACAGAAGGGAGCUACUACCCUCGUUAAGAAGUUUCCUAAAAUCCAUUUUGCCUGUAUUUUCAGGUAUGAUAUGGCAGUCAUACAUAAUAUAUUUCGGUGUAAAGAUCUCGUCAAUUUGAAUGAAAUGGCCCAAACACUUGGUAGAUGCUAUAAACCGAUGUUAUUUCCCUUGAUUUUCAGUCGUCUCCAUCAGAUGACGAUUGGAGACAGAUGAUGACAUGAGUUGUUAUGAGUUGAUUCGUAGGUAUGUACCUACGAUAUGGUUACCGGAAAGUUACCAAGCACCGUGCGUACCUAUUAGCUAAGUACCUACUUAGAUAAUGUGCAUUAGCUGCACUGAACUCAGUUGGCUUUAAAACUGAUUGCUGCAAAGACCUAAUCAAGCACUUAGUCAUAGUCUAAUAAAUAUGUAUUGUUUCCGAGGUGAGUAGGGUAUUUGGUGCCGGCUGAAUGUUCUCCAUAUUAACAUCGAUUGUAUUGUUUAAAUAUUUGUUAGAAUUAGCAGUAGUGUUGUCGCUGUGUGCGUGGGGAGCGCUGGCGGGUGCGGCGUGCCCGGCGGGGGACUUCGCCGCGCAGGUGCGGCAGCUGACAGGCAGCCCGAUGACGUCACAGCACCCGAGCGUCACGCGACUGCUGGACGAUCUGCGAGACACGUUGAACAGGAGGUGGAAAGAAUUAGAUAUGACUGUCUAUGGAUCCAUACCCAUCGGGCUGAGCAUGAAGUUGAGUGAUGUAGAUUGCUACGUCCGAAUACCGAACUACAACAUUACCGAGCAUCGGCACAAUGUAGAGCAGGCCGUGGACUUGCUGCGCCAACAACCGAACCUCUACUCAGAUGUGCGUGUUGUGGACGUCACAGACAAUGAGAAGGAUAUAUAUUUCACUUUCUGGCACAUUCCCACACAAAGAAAUGGUGAGAUUGUUUUCACCAGGACUGGUGCUGUAGAAAAUAGUAACUUGUUAAGUUACCUUUUCCGUCUGGACAAACUGUACCUGCCGCUGGGUAGAAUCAUAAAGUAUUGGAGUACUGUGCACGAGCUCAAAGCUUUGGAAACGAUGGAUAAAUUGCCCAGUUAUGCGUGGUACAUAAUGAUAGUAUUUUAUCUGCAGCAAAAAGGAUUAGCGCCCUCUGUUUACGAACUGCAGAGACGCACAGACAGCGACGCCCUCGACUGGGACAUGAGCUUCCAGCCGAUCCCUUACCCGGUGAGGAACAACCAGAGCCUGUACGAGCUGCUGGGCGGCUUCUUCCAGUACUACAGCCAGUUUGACUUCCAGAAUUACAUCGUCUCACCUUUCGCUGGACGUCCGAUACACAGAAGCGACUUCUUAAACAUCGACCUAGUUCCUGCGGAGUUCACCGCGUAUAAAAAUAUAGCUAUAAAUAACAAUUCUUGUUGCCAGAUUGAAUUAAACACAGAUCUGUGCAUCCAAAAUAUAUUUAAACAUGUUGCUAACGUUGCGAAUUUAAUCAGUCACGAAGAAGCAUUCAGAAUAUUGUCUCAUAUCAAAUGGGCCGCACAAAUGUAUGAAGAGCUCCCGAGUGACAGAUUCCUGACAACCAUACUGAACGUGAGACACAGAGUAAUGGACGGCAACGAGGUUAAUACUACUAUAGAUGGUUCUUACAAUAACUGCACUGAUGUAAGCGAUAUCCUGUGAACCAACAUACAGAGGACUAUCACUGUAUGGUUAGUUUAGUACCUACGUAAUUAAUGGUAGACGUAACUGACUGAAACAUUACUGUUAACUAAACUUAGUAGAUAACUUUUAACUAGAGAACUUCUAAUAAACUUAUUGACAUUAAUUAAUAACACAAA